GCUUAUGCUUUGUUCAUUAGAAGAUUUUUAUUUAUGUAGCCUUAUAUUUCCAAACAAAACAGAUAAAGUAAAUAAUAAUCUGGUAAUAAAUUAAAUGUUUAUUUAAAGAAAUUUUGGAGUUUGCUCUUAUAGGAUCCAUUAAAUUAGCAAUUAUGAAAAACUGAAAUCACUGAGAGGAGAAACUUCUUCCAAGGUGUCGUAAUUUUCAAUCAAAAUUAUUAAAAUUGUACAAUUCAUCAAUGAUUCAUUCAAAUUAUGUGCGGAUUUUUUCCAAAAAUUAACAAAAGACUAAUAUGUGAUCAUAGUCUUAGAGAAAUGUCAGUGUGUGCUGCUGCCUUCACAACUGUGUUCUCUUUGGUUGGAAUGGGAAUGCAUUACCAUGGAAUGCACAACCCAAAUGUAACACAAAUAUCUUAUUAUAAAGAAUAUCAUACUAUUAUAUGCAUUAUUAUCAUUUGUACAUUUGGAUUUUUAUUUGUAUCUUCAAUAGUUUUUGCUAUCGGCAUACAAGAGCAAUGGCCUUUGCUCUAUAUACCUUGGUUAAUGGCUUACACGAUGGUGACUGUUCUUGUGUUAGCGCAGCUAGUUUAUUUGAUAGUUGAUAAUUUUCUCCUUCCUCACAUCCUUCUCGGAUUUCAAGCAUGUAUAAACAUUUUUGCCAUAUGGAUUGGUUGUAAUUUUUACGAAGAAACUAGAGAGAAAGUGAGAGCAGAGAAAAAGAGGCACAUGGAUCAAAGGCAAGAAGUGACCAGGGAAUCGGUUACGCGGUACAGCGAUUAUUAAUGCCUAUGAAAAUAAAGAUAAACAUAUACCCGAGUUUUAUUCAAGUACCGGUAUUCUUUUAUACGGUAGCUUUAUCGCUCAAAAGUCAAAUGAGAAAAUAUUUACCAUUAUAGAUUAAUGAUAAAAUAAAAUAAUUCUAAUACCCA